AUGGUUUUAGAAGCAUCAAAAGCAACAUCAUAUUUAAAAGAUUAUCCAAAAAAAGAUGGUUUAUCAAUUAAAGAAUUAAUUGAUUCAACUAAUUUUGGUGGAUUAACUUAUAAUGAUUUUUUAAUUUUACCUGGUCUUAUUGAUUUUCCAAGUACGAAUGUUAAAUUAGAAAGUAAAUUAACCAAAAAGAUUAUAUUAAAUUCUCCAUUUGUUUCAAGUCCUAUGGAUACUGUUACUGAAGAAAAUAUGGCUAUUCAUAUGGCACUUUUAGGUGGAAUUGGUAUAAUUCAUCAUAAUUGUACUGCUGAAGAACAAGCAGAAAUGGUUAAAAAAGUUAAAAAAUAUGAAAAUGGUUUCAUUAAUGAUCCAAUUGUUAUAAAUCCUGAUGUUACUGUUGGAGCUGUUAAAAGAAUGAAGAAGGAUUUAGGUUUUACUUCAUUCCCAGUAACUGAAAAUGGAAAAGUUGGAGGAAAAUUAGUAGGUAUAGUUACCGCAAGAGAUGUACAAUUUCAUGAAAAUAAUGAAGAUUCAGUAUCAAAAGUAAUGACUACUGAAUUAGUUACCGGUAAGAAAGGAAUAACUUUAACUGAAGGUAAUGAAAUAUUAAGAAAAUCAAAAAAAGGAAAAUUACCAAUUAUUGAUUCAGAGGGAAAUUUAGUUUCUUUAAUUUCAUUAACUGAUUUACAAAAAAAUCAAAAUUAUCCAAAUGCAUCAAAAUCUUUUGAUUCAAAACAAUUAUUAUGUGGUGCUGCUAUUGGUACUAUGGAUGCAGAUAAAGAAAGAUUAGAUAAAUUAGUUGAAGCAGGUUUAGAUGUUGUUGUAAUCGAUUCAUCAAAUGGUUCAUCUACUUUUCAAAUUAAUAUGCUUAAAUGGAUUAAAAAUAAAUAUCCAGAUUUACAAGUUAUUGCAGGUAAUGUAGUAACAAGAGAACAAGCAGCUUUAUUAAUUGAGGCUGGUGCAGAUGCUUUAAGAAUUGGUAUGGGAUCAGGUUCAAUUUGUAUUACUCAAGAAGUUAUGGCAUGUGGUAGACCUCAAGGUACUGCUGUUUAUGGAGUUACUGAAUUUGCUAAUAAAUUUGGUAUUCCAUGUAUUGCUGAUGGUGGUAUAGGAAAUAUUGGUCAUAUAUCAAAAGCUUUAGCUUUAGGUGCUUCAUGUGUAAUGAUGGGUGGAUUAUUAGCUGGUACAGCAGAAACUCCAGGUGAUUAUUUUUAUAGAGAUGGUAAAAGAUUAAAAUCUUAUAGAGGUAUGGGAUCAAUAGAUGCUAUGCAACAAACAAGUAAUAAUGCUAAUGCUUCAACUUCAAGAUAUUUUUCAGAAUCUGAUAAAGUAUUUGUUGCUCAAGGUGUUAGUGGAUCAGUUGUUGAUAAAGGUUCAAUUACAAAAUUUAUACCUUAUUUAUAUAAUGGUUUACAACAUUCUUUACAAGAUAUAGGUAUUCAAUCAUUAAUUGAAUUAAGACAAAAAGUUGAUAAUGGUGAUGUUAGAUUUGAAUUUAGAACUGCUUCUGCUCAAUUUGAAGGUGGAGUUCAUGGAUUACAUUCAUAUGAAAAAACUUUACAUAAUUAA